UAUAGCACACAACGAUUGUACGAGACGUAUAUAAAAACAGUAACAAAUUCAGGAAUAAAUCAUUCGCAGUUCACUGUGCCACUAAAACAAACGUAUCGAAAUGGCAGCUAAGUUCGUCGUUGUUGCUUUGAUGGUGGCGGCCGCCCAUGGCAGCGCCGUGCACGACUACACCAGCUUCUCUUACGGAGUAUCCGACCCACACACCGGUGACGUGAAGAGCCAGCACGAGACCCGUGUUGGCGAUAGUGUGGUCGGACAGUACUCUCUCCUUGAGUCUGACGGCUCAAAACGCACCGUCGACUACGCCGCUAACGCUCACUCUGGAUUCAACGCCGUCGUCAGGAGAGACCCUGCUCUCAUCGCCCAUGCCGCCCCCGUCGUCGCCCAUGCCGCCCCCGUCGUCGCCCAUGCCGCCCCCGUCGUCGCCCAUGCUGCCCCCAUUGCUCCCGUCGCAUACGCCGCCCGCGCCGCCCCUCUAGCCUACGCCGCUCCCUACGCCCAUGGUGCCAUCGCCUCUCCUCUUGCUCAUGGAGUCAUCGCCGCGCCUUUCUCUCAUGGUGCCGUCGCAGCUCCCUUCGCCCACGGUGCCAUCGCCUACGGCGCUGGACAUGGUUUCUACGGCUCGCAUUUGGGCUACUAAACUGUAUUAGAGUAAAAUUUUAUGUAAAUAGAAUAAAUUAUGACCUUGUCAUACAUGACGGAACUGCUGUGAUUAUAUACAAAAUACACAAAUUUUAUAAUUUA